AUGACAAGAGUUGUAGUUACAGGAAUAGGGAUAAUCUCCCCAUUAGGUGUAGGUUUAAGACACAAUUGGAAAAGACUCAUUGGUGGUGAAUCGGGAAUAAUUUCUACAUCGGAAUUACCCUAUUAUGUAAAAGAUGGAUGGGACAAAAUACCAUCCAAAGUGAUUGGAAAAGUGCCUCUGGGGUCCAUUAAUGAAGGUAAAUGGGAUGUUAACGACCAUUUGGUCAAAUCUGAUACUCGAAGACUAGCCGAGUUUAGUCAAUAUGCAUUGGCAUGUACGCAAGAAGCAUUUAAGGAUUCAGGUUUAUUAGUUGAAGAAGGAACUGAGGUAAAAGUAGAUGACAAAAGAAGGAUAGGAGUUGCAGUAGGAAGUGGGAUUGGAUCAUUUCAUGAUAUAUAUAACAACACCACCGCAUUCAAUGAGUCAGGGUACAAAAAAGUACAGCCAUUAUUCAUACCCAAACUCCUCAACAAUAUGGCUGCGGGCAAUAUUUCAAUCAAAUACGAUUUGAAAGGGCCUUUGCAUUCAGUAUCUACAGCAUGUGCAACCGGCCUACAAUCUAUUGGGGAUGCUUACAAUUUUAUCAAAAUGGAUUAUUCUGAUGUUAUGGUUUGUGGUGGUACUGAAAGUUCAAUACACCCUUUAGCAUUGGCGGGGUUCGCAAGAGCAAGGUCGGUAGUGACUGGUUUCAAUGAUGAUCCUAAGAGCGCAAGUAGACCGUUUGACAAGGACAGAGACGGGUUUGUGUUGAGUGAAGGUUGCGGGAUAGUGAUACUUGAAAGCUUGGAACAUGCUUUGAAAAGAGGUCUUUCACAAGACAAGAUAUAUGGCGAGGUGCUAGGAUAUGGAAUAUCUGGUGAUGCACACCAUAUUACCGCACCAAGAGAAGAUGGAGAGGGUGCGUAUAAUGCAAUGGUACAAGCUUUAUCGCGAGCACAAGUUGACCCUGCCAAGGUAGGGUACAUCAACGCCCAUGCUACAUCUACGGUAAUUGGAGACCGAGCAGAGAAUAAUGCAAUAGCAAAGAUAUUCAACCAUGAAACCACCUUGGUUUCAUCUACAAAAUCAUCUAUAGGACAUCUAUUAGGCGCAGCCGGCGCUGUUGAAGCUAUAUUUACAUUAAAUACAUUAAAAACGGCACAAGUGCCGCCGACAUUGAAUCUCGAAUUUCCAGGUGGAAACUCAGCUGAUGAUCCUAGUCAGUUUAAAUUUGACUAUGUUGCGAAAAAAGCGAAACUCGGAGUCAAUGAUUUGAACUAUGCUAUGUGUAACUCCUUUGGAUUCGGCGGGGUCAAUAGUAGCAUACUUUUCGGGAAAUACAAAAAAGAAAGCGACACUAGGGCAACACUAGGGCAACACUAG